AUGGGUGGUCUAGCAGGAGCUCCAAUUCUGCAUAUUAGCGGUCUACGCUCUUUAACCAUCAGAUUGAGAGCACACCCUGGUCUCCCAUCUGGGACUAGCGAUAAAUAUCUUGCUCCACCUUUUCCUCAUACUGGUGUUGAUGGAACUAUUGAUACCGCUACCAUAGUUGGAGACUCUUCGGAUAUACCAAUCACCUUUGGUAGCUCUUUAGUAAAAUUUGAUUUAAAUGGAGCGGAUUUUGUCAUAGGUGGUUCUCAUUCGCACUGCUAUGUGGAAGAAAACAGACCCAAUCCUUCUGCCAUUAGAGAUGUAACUAAUCUAUCUGAAGGUGAUAAUGUUGCUCGAGCCAAAGGUGAAAGACCAGACGCUUAUCCUGGUGCUCAAUCUUCUGUAGAAACAGGAGCAGGAUUACAACCAGGAAAAGGAUCAGUAGACAGAAGAGUAUAA